AUGAAAAUGAAACAGAAAUUUUUGACAAUCGGCGCAAUCGCAGUUAUCGCAAUCGUAGGGCUUUUUGUUUUUGAACACGCAACGUCGGCACAGCGACCCGACCGGAACGCACAAGGUGAACGUGGAAACCGUCAGGGCGGUGGACGAGGCGGCGGGGGAAUGAUGAACUAUGCGUCCCUUGUUGAUAACUCUUGGCUUGAUCUGACGUUUGGUGUGAAAGUGGACGAUGAAACGCUCGUAAAGGCACGCCCCAUCUAUCAGGUGAGUCGAGACGAAGUCAUGAUGAAGAUGGAAGCGUUACGUCAACCCGAUACGCGUGAAACUGCAACAAAGGAGAUACAGGCAAUUCUCAAGGAUGUCAACACGAGUCUCAAAGAGAUUUUGACUGAAGAGGAAAUGGCGAAGUUAUCAGAACUAACGAAGAAGCGGGUCACAGAGAUGCAGCAACGUACGAACCGUUGGCGUCGCGGUGGCGAAGGUGGCCGUCGCGGUGGUGGCGGUGGUGGCGGCAGUCAGUAA